AGCGCGGUCGCUUUACAACCGGAAGAUCCUUGGUUCGAAUCCCGCUCAGGAAGGAGACGUACGUAGGCUGCGUUUUCUUUCACCUCUGUUAAUCUAGCAGUAAAUACCUACCUAGAAGUUAGAUAACUUUUGAGGGUUGUAUCUCUAGCCACGGACAACAAACACCACCAGCCACGGACAUCAAACACCGCCAGCCACGGACAACAAACACCACCAGCCACGGACAACAAACACCGCCAGCCACGGACAACAAACACCACCAGCCACGGACAACACACACACCGCCAGCCACGGACAACACACACCCUUCCGUGUAAGUAACGUGAUAAAACGUCUUAAGCGUUAUCGGAGCUGAUAAGGUUAAGUGGCGACUACGUCACAGUCGGCGAGCCUCGCCCACCUACUGUCAGUCGCCUCGCCCUGACAGGAGGCUGACUUUAGCGGACCCGAGAGCGAGACCUCGCCAGAAAUCGUCACCUUUGCGAGUCCUAAACUGCAGGUGGCAUUGACAAGGCUUACUGGUAGCUUCUGAAGGAGAAAAGAAUUUGAAACUGACCGUACGAGAAAGCUACAGACCCGUGGAAGCUACUGUUUUCUUCGAAAGUGAUUUUUAAAUUUUAUCUUGAAAAAUGUAAGUUGAACUAGAAGCCUGAUGAUCCUAAAUACUGUGGCUGAGAGUAGAGCAAGAGUGUAGACCAAGACGUGGUGUGUACCUGGAGCUAUGAUGGUGGUUGAGGUGUGGGUAGUGUAGCCAGCUCCCCUCCUUGACUCCAGUACUUUCAAUACUUCUUCGGCUGCUGCAGCUGGCCCACACCACUGCCAGCACCUCCCCAUCCGCGGCCACACCAUGUCUUUCUCUUGGCUGUGGAAGAAGAUGAAAGGAGAUGACCGCGAGGUGUUGGAGGAGAGCCCACUGGAGAGAGGGACUGAGCCGGCGUCUCGUCGACUCUCCCAAGUAGUUUAACGUGGUGGUGGCAGGUGGCGGUCACAACCAGAGGAGCGCGGCGGGACAGGAGCCAGUCACUACCCAAGCAGCGGACCCGGGGCCUCACAACACCGACGACCUCACCGUCCACAAUAUGGACGCUUCCAUUCCCAUUCCCUCAAGGCAGGCUGAUGACAUCAUUUCUGUCGUCCAGGACCUCACAGCCAAUUGCUCGAGGACCACUGAGGACACCGUCAUCUCCUCUAACCACACGGUGUCUGGCUCCCCUGGGUGCUCGAGCGCCUGCGGCCUGGCCACCGGCAGGAUGGUGGUGGCCCUACACGACUACCAGGGACGCACCGACAAGGACCUUGCCUUCAGGAAGCACGAGCAUCUUGAGGUGCUGGAGAAGGUGUCCGCUGACUGGUGGCUAGCCAGGAGUCACGUGACCGGCCUCGAGGGUUACAUCCCAGCCACCUACGUCGCCAGACUACAGAGUAUCGACGCCGAGCCGUGGUACUUCGGGGACAUCAAGAGAGGCGAGUGCGAGCGGUCUCUCUUGUCAGGCCUCAACGAACACGGAGCUUUCCUCAUCCGUAACUCAGAGUCCAGAAGAAAUGAAUUCUCUCUCUCAGUGCGGGACGGGAGGAAGGUGUGGCACUACAGGAUCCGGCCCAGGGACCACGGGGGCUACUUCAUCAGGAGACGCGACACCUUCCCUUCCCUGCACGACCUGGUCGCCUUCUACACCGCCGACGCCGCCGGCCUCUGCACCAGGCUUGACACACCUUGCGUCCAGACGGAGAAGCCUGCGACGGGAGGCUUGUCAUACAACACCCGCGACUCCUGGGAGAUCCCCCGGGAUCAGAUCCAGCUGGUCCGCCGCCUCGGCUCCGGUCAGUUCGGCGAAGUGUACGAGGGCCUCUGGAACAAGACCGUCCCUGUCGCUGUCAAGACCUUUAAGCAGGGAAAGAUGAACCCGCAUGACUUCCUGAAGGAAGCACAGGUAUUGAAGAGCCUUCGUCACCCCAAACUGCUGCAGUUGUACGCCGUCUGUACCCAGGAGGAGCCCAUCCUUAUCAUCACCGAGCUCAUGAGGAAUGGCUCUCUCCUAGACUAUCUCAGAGGUCGUCGGCUGCCCUUGCCGGAGCAGGUGUACAUGGGUGCCCAGGUGGCCUCGGGGAUGGAGUACCUGGAGAACCUUAACUUCAUCCACCGGGAUCUCGCCGCCAGGAACGUCCUCGUCGGCAACAACAACACUGUCAAGGUCGCAGACUUCGGCCUCUCACGACUCGUACUGGAGGACGAGUACAACGCGAGUGAAGGGGCGAGGUUCCCCAUCAAGUGGACGGCGCCGGAGGCCCUCAACUUCAGUAGGUUCACCACCAAGUCUGACGUCUGGUCCUUCGGUGUCCUCCUGAUGGAGAUCGCCACCUUCGGCGCCACUCCUUACCCAGGUAUGACAAACAUAGAGGUGGUACAGCAGGUACAGCAGGGGUACAGGAUGCCCCAACCCAAGACCUGCCCACACUUGCUCUACAACAUCAUGCUGGAGUGCUGGGCCAACGACCCAAACAGUCGACCCACUUUCCAGACCCUCCACUGGAAGCUGGACGACUUCUUCACCCUCGAGGAGUCUGACUACAGAGACCUCGCCCAUUAGUGGCUUGCUCAACAGUUAAGCAAUUCGUAACUUCUUGAUUCUUAACCAGCCAAUCUCCACUGAGACACAAGUCAUUAUUUACAAACUUGCUGUAAUCCGGCGCGAUCCUUCCUCCGCUCUAAAUAACUGUUUACUGCUGUCUUCUACAGCGACUACUUCAAGUGCACUUCCUCCACCUCCUCCCUGACGGUGUCCACCUCCCUGGCCUGCGGCUGGUCCCGACGACCACCACCCGGCCUCCAGUGCUGUCAGUGUCUCCCAGUGUGUCCUGUGGCAAUAUGUGCAAGGGUUAGGCUACAUGUAUGUGUGGCUCAACCCUUUCUCCUGUUUACAUACAUUUUGUAACUAUGUGGAUCAUCGUACAUUUAUAUACGUAAUGCACAAUAACAUAUUAGAAUUUGAUUCUAUUCACAUAAAAUUAGUAAACAAAAAGUUAAAGCUAAAAACCUAACAAAUAUUCAUAGGCCUAUAUAGCAUAUAUAUAUGUACUAUAUUAGGUCUCAGAUACCUUGUAUUAGGUCUAGGAAGGUUAGGUUAAGUUUCCUUUGCAACAUCAUUACUAAAACUUUUCCGGUUUGUCCAAAUACAAUAGUACCGAUUUCUACUUUCUAAUUGCCUUGUACAUCAAUAUAUGUACGAUGGUCCUCAUCGUACUACCUAAACAAGAGGACGGGCUCUUAUAUAUGUUUGUUAUUUUAUUUCGUUGACAAAUUCCUAAUAACUAUAUUAUCAACCUUGGGGACCCGUAUCAACCUACCCUGGCUUGGUGCCCUGAGUGGCCACUCCACACCGACAACCACAGCACAACUCCAGAGUCUCCUCAGAGUGAUGGAUGCUUACUACUACUACUACUACUACUACUAUAUUAUCAUUUGUGACUAAUCAAGUUCAAGUAUGUUUAUUGAGACAAGAAAGAAAUACAUCUCAAAGGGAUAGAGUAGCUUAGGCUAUUUCUACCCCCCUUGUGACUAAUAUUUUUUUAUAAACAUCAAUUUGUUUCAUGUAUUAUUGUAUAUCUCUGUUAAACAUAACUAUCAUU